CAUGACUGGAGUGACCUUCCUUGGUGACCCCAGCACAGGAAGUUGAUUACCCUGGGGCACCAUGAUAUACGCCAACCAACCAGUUCCACAACAGACUCCAGUGUUUUACUGGGAGCUGGAGAUCUGUUCUUUUGGAGAUGGUCAGGAGGAGAGUGGAGCGGUCAUCUCGUUUGGCUUCGCUCCGUCGGCCGACAAGAAAGAUGGAGCCUGGACUAACCCUGUAGGAACAUGCCUCUUCCUAAACAAUGGUAAGGCUCUCCACUACAGUGGGGCCAGUCUACUGCAGUGUAGGAGUGUGAGACUAGACAUCACCCUGAAUGCCGCGGACAUAGCGGGUAUAGGGUGGGAGAGGACAGGGGAGUCCCCCGUACAGGGACAGAACCCCAGGGGGAGGGUCUACUUCACGUAUAACGGGCACGGCCUCAAUGCCUACAUGGGUGAUGUGUCGGGUGGAAUGUAUCCUAACACAAGAAUCAUAGCAAACUUUGGAACGAGGCCUUUUGCUUUCGCCGAGGGACAGCAACACAAGGAGGCGGCUGAUGGAGGGAAUGACCUGACCCGAGAGAUCAGGGAGAGUUUCUGUCACCUGCCAUUCCACCCCCACACUGAUAGUGAGAACGAGGGAAGCCCAAGCCCUGAUACCACCAUGGAGGAAAUUAAAGCCCCGAAAGGGCCCCCCAUGUAA